AUGAGCUGUAUAUCGUUCCCCAUGCCUCUCCCAUUGCCACCUGUGCCUCCGGUCCUGCCCGAAACACCCAAGAAAAAGAUGUGCGAGGAGAUCAGUUACGACGAAAUCUACAUGCCUAGCGAGUUGGACGGAGGAAGUAACGAAGGUACGAGACGUCAAAGCACGGAUGUGGAGGCACAAACACCUAAGAACGCGGACGACGAGGACAGAGAACCAGGAGAAGUGAAAGAGGAGAAAACAAAGUCUGCUGUUCAUCCUCCUGAAGAAGUGAGUUCCCCUUUGAGCUCACUGUAA